AUGCGUUCGUUGGGGAAGGUAGUGAAGUGGCUGUUCGAGAACAGGCAGGAGGGUUGCACACCGGCGGCAGCCGAGGGUGCGGCCAGGCAGGGGCACGACGAGAUCGUCAAGUAUCUCAAGGGGCACAAGCGGGGCCGUAGCGUUGACUACAAGGACCUGGGACGGGUGCUGGGCCAACCAGAGAACCCCUAACCCAAGGAUAAAGUGCAAAGUAGG